GACCGGAGCCUGGAGGUAGUAUCAAAUAGAAAUAUCCGUGUUUCGCAGUAAUCUUAUUCUAUCCAAUAUGACAUGUUCUACUCAGAUUUGAGGACUGCAAGUCAGAAAGAUCAUCUUUUAAUCAGUCAAAUAACGUGUUUUUUUCAUUCAGAAAACCAUCAAUCAGCUCAUGGAUGAGUUUUAUUAUAAGAGGAUUCGACAGGGGUUCAGAAAGAGUAAGUAGCUUAAGAAAAUCACUGCGCAUUCCUUCUCUAACUGUUCUUCCACUCCCAAAAGAAGUAUUGGAAUCAUCAAGAAAGAAAAUUCUUGAUCCUCAAGGGUCAUUUCUUCAGUUCUGGAACAAAAUAUUUGUCUUGGCUUGUGUAAUUUCAGUGGCCCUGGAUCCAUUGUUCUUAUAUAUUCCUGUCAUAGAUAACGAGAGGAAGUGCCUUGAUUUGGAUCACACAUUAAAGAUCCCUAUUUCUAUUCUGCGAUCAGUCACUGAUCUUUGCUAUAUCUAUCAUAUCAUCUUGCAAUUUCGUACUGGCUUUAUUUCUCCUUCUUCUCGAGUAUUUGGUAGGGGUGAGUUGAUUGAGGACUCUGCCCUUAUAGCCAACCGAUACAUAUUCUCUUAUUUCCUCAUUGACAUUCUAGCUGUUCUUCCACUCCCACAGAUGGUGCUCUUUAUCAUCGCUCCUAACAUGAAUCUCCCCAUUUCUCUGGUGACGGGAGAACAAUUGAAGAUUGUUAUAUUCACACAAUAUGUUCCAAGAAUCCUUAGGAUAUAUCUGUUAUACAAGGAAGUAACAAGGACAACAGGCUUUUUUACUGAAACGGCAUGGGCUGGAGCUGCUUUCAACCUAUUUUUAUUCAUGCUCGGCAGUAAUGUGGUAGGAGCAUUUUGGUACGUGUUCACAGUGGAAAGACAACAUGACUGCUGGCGAGAAGCAUGUCAGCGUACUGCAAAAUGUGUUUUAUUCGACUUAUAUUGUAACCAAGGAGGAAAAGGAAAUGCUCAAUUUCUAAAUUCUUCUUGUCUUCUCCUGAAACCGGAAGAUAUAAAAGAGAAUGAGUUUGAUUUUGGGAUAUUUCUUGAUGCUCUUCAGUCCCAAAUCGUAGGAAAACGAAACUUCUGGUCCAAACUCUUCUAUUGCUUCUGGUGGGGGCUGCGAAAUUUAAGCUCUCUUGGCCAAGACCUUAACCCAAGCAACUUCGUAGGGGAAAUUCUCUUUGCCAUCUUCAUCUGCAUUGUUGGGAUGAUUCUGUUUUCCUUGCUAAUUGGCAACAUGCAGGAAUAUUUGAAGUCUAUGACAGUUCGAGUAGAAGAGAUGAGAUUGAAAAGGCAGGAUGCAGAACAUUGGAUGUCUCACCGCAAACUUCCUGACAACCUCAGAGAGCGUGUUCGAAGGUAUGAGCAGUACAGAUGGCAAGAAACUAGAGGUGUUGAUGAAGAUUAUCUAAUUGUUAACCUUCCAAAAGACUUGAGGAGAGACAUAAAGCGUCACCUCUGUUGGUCUUUGGUCAAAAGAGUUCCCAUGUUUGAUAAGAUGGAUGAACAGUUACUGGAUGCAAUGUGUGAUCGACUGAAACCAGCUCUUUUCACAGAGAAAAGCUUCAUAAUCCAAGAAGGAGAUCCAGUGAAUGAAAUGCUUUUUCUCAUGAGAGGUACUGUGUUGACUAUAACCACCAAUGGUGGAAGAAGUGGCUUCUUCAACUCUGCAUCUCUCAAGGCUGGUGAUUUCUGUGGAGAGGAGCUUCUUACGUGGGCUUUGGACCCCCAUACUUCCUCAAGUCUUCCCGCCUCUACUAGAACAGUACAAGCUGUUACAGAUGCGGAAGCUUUUGCUCUCACAGCUGAUGAUCUCAUGUUUGUUGCCACUCAAUUUAGACGCCUUCAUAGCAAGCAGCUUCGGCAUAUUUUCAAGUUCCAUUCAGAGCACUGGAGGACAUGGGCAGCCUGCUUUAUACAAGCAGCAUGGCGCAGACAUUGUAAGCAUGAGCUUGAGAAAUCUUUAAGAGAGGAAGAAGAUAGACUUCAGGUUGUAUUGGCAAAAGAGAAUGUGAAUUUACCAAGUCUUGGGGCUACCAUUUAUGCAUCACGAUUUGCUGCCAACGCAUUGCGUGCCUUGCGACAACGCAACCAACCAAGGGGUCCCAAAUUAUCUCCUAGCUUAUGUCCCUUACUGCUUCAGAAGCCAGCUGAACCUGAUUUUAGCUCUUAAAGCCAAAAAGUAGGCAGUCUUACCAGAAAUAUUGGAAGAGGCUUAUUAUGACCUUAGUUGCUGCAGUUUGGUUUCUAAACGAGUCUGAUAAAAGAGUCUGCUGUAUCUUUUUACAAUAAAAGCCUUGAAUAUAACAGGCAUUCUGCACCUGCCUUGUAAAAUUGUACUCUGCUGAACUAUGGUUUUCAAUAACUUUUGGCUAUUUUACA